CUCUCCGUCAAGAGUUGUAAUUUCUUCAAGUUGCUUUUUGGAGUGAAAAUCCAAAUGCAGUGAUUUUUCAUGUACCGUUUUUCACAAGACUUUUUGCUAUUUUCCCCGGAAAUUGUGGGGUGUUUUUGAGCAUUUUGGAAAUGUAGAAGUGAGACUGAUUAGUUUUGUGUGAUUUUUGAAUAAAUUUCGGACCACUAAAGGGGGCUAAAGUGAGUGUUUUUUUUUGUGAAUGGGCUGUAUUGAGUUUUUGGGGACUCCUAAAAAUAGAUAUUUGCGAUUUUUGGGAUACAGAAUUUAUUACGUCGUUGUUAAACCACUUUUCUAUAGAGUAGCUGAUUAGAAUUAUCGAGUGAAUUGGGAUUGGGGUUUUUUUUCUGUGCGGGAUCAAAGGAGGUGUGGUGGUCAAAUAAUGGCUCAGGUGCCCCCAAAGGAAGUGACAAUGUUUGAGUUGAAGGCGCUCAUGACGCAUUUCGAUGCAAAAUUGUCCGCCACAACGGAUCCCAGCGUAUUCCCAAGGCAAAUCCUAGCCUUGGUGGACCGCAGCAAUGAGAUCCUGUUUCGCUACACCCGCAAUCCCAAAGAUGACCGGGAUGUCGUUCUCAAACUCCUCACGUGGUUCAACGAGAAGGGCAAGGAGGUGCAAGAUGUCUGCUUCGAUGUAGCCGGAAAGUGGCUAUUAGUGUUAUGUGAUGACAAUACUCUCCAUGUGAUUCCUGCUCUGGCCAUUGUGGACCACAAUCAUCUCUCCUCAUCAAUCUACAGCAAUGAGCAAAUCACCUCGUACAUUAUCCCUUUCGUGGGUCCCCAUGAGUGUCCCAAUCCCCGAACCUGCCCCAAUAACUUCUACCGCCCACCAUCGAUUGAGCUGGAAUCCUCUCUGAGACGCAUUGGAGGCUCGGAGACGGACAAAAUAACCCUCGAUGAGCUCUACUCCAAGCAGAGAAUCGAUAAACUCCUGUCCACAUACCCUGUCCCUAGCACUUACCCAGACGCUUCUCCAGGAAAUGCUGCUGCUGAGGAUUGCUCUUGUCCUUCAACAGGGACUGAACAAUCUGCCACCGAAUCCUCAUCUCCCUGCCCAUUUCCAACUGCUGUAGUUUGGUGGCAGACCAGCAAAUGCAAGAACAGAGCCAUCAUCGGAUACUCAGACGGAUCGAUAUUCAUUGUGUCCCUUACUCCAAAUUGUCCUCUUAUCGCUUACACAGCCGUUAGCGGAUGUUCUAUCGAAAAGUUACGUAUUUGUCGAGAUGCUUGUGGAGAGACUACAACUCUUCUGAUCCACACGACGAAAAAGUCGCAGUGGAAGUUGCUUCUGGAGCACAAAAAGAUAAAUUUUACUUAUCCUGGAGAACCUGCGAGUCCAGAAGUGGGGAAUUGUUCGCAGGAGAGCGAAGAGGGAGUAGAAGCUGCUCCUGAAACCAAUUCAAUUGAUAGUGAUUGGCAAAUUGUGAUAACAAAGACUGAUGAUGCAAAUUGUGCAGAACAGACAUCUUCAUCCGUGCCAUCGAUUAAUGUGAGCCUGGCCGAGGAAGAGAGGUCCUUUGAGGAAGUGCCAAAGGCAAAUGGGACAGAGAUUGCAAUACCCAAGCUCUUUCCUUCGGCCAUGGCAAAAUUGACAUCCCUGAAGAAUAUGGGAGCAAAGAAGAUUGGGGCACUGAAGCAGAUUCUGUGUGAGACAAAGACAAAGAAUACCGAAGCUAUUGAGAGGCCAAAGGAAGAGGCUGUGUCAUUUGAAAUUAUUGAGCCACCUUGUAUCUCUCCGGAGAUUCUGACGAUGGAGACAGGUCCUCUGUACAUUGUUCAGUAUAUUGACAAAGUGCCAUAUUUGACUGCUCUACAUCACGAGGUUAAGACCCUUUCUGUCCAUACCAUGGACAUCAAUCUGAGACCCAUCCACAUCUAUGAUAUUCCUGAAUAUACGGAAAAUAUCCUGCUGACGAAAAAUCUCGUUUUCGUAGUGCACAGAAUUACCAAAGGAGAAUCCGAGGCGAAAGAAGAGAAUGAAACUUCUCUUGACGAUGGAAAUAGCUGCAUUAACGCGUGUUCCAUACUAAGCAGAGUUCAUUCUGAAGCUAAUAUGGAGAUCGAUCCUAAAUAUAAAGAAAAGGCCCAAAUCGCCAGUUUUCCCUUUACAUCCGAAAAGAUCCUAAAUAUCCAUCGUAUUGCACCGACAGAAGUACCUAUCCUCUGCACUCCGUUGCGUGAUAAGACUCCUCCGCGAGAGGAUCAGCUUAAUGGCAUCAAUGUGAUGAACUACGUAAAAGUGCGCAGUCAGUACGAUAAUAGCAAUGAAAUGGAUGAUGCUAAGACUCUCCAGGCCCAAUUUCCUGCAGUGCAAUUUGAGAAGUGUCUCAUAGUCACGGACAAGAAUGUCUAUUGGAUUGAAUUGAGCGAUAAGCCAGAGAAUAUCUUUAUGGCAUUCGCAGUGCAGGCUAUGUGGUCCCAUUGCGAAUACUUUUGUGAUAUCUUCAAUAUAUCCUACAGUCAGUGCAUAGAAUUUGUUGGGGAUGAAUUGCUGAGGCAGAAGAAAGUCACGCAGGCUCUAAUCACCUACAAUAUGGCAAGGAUUCCUCCAAUAAAGACAGCAAUGAAAUUGGCAAUGUGCGGAGAAAGUUAUGCCCUUUUGCAUCUCUGUGCAAUGGCACUGAAGUCUGUCCAUCUCCUAAAGAGCAUCCAUCCGACUGGUCCACAUAUGGUGCCCAUCAUGAAGGAUGCUGAAUACCGAAAUGUACCACAUAAGGUGACCACCUCGGCACCAAAGACAAGUGGAACAAAAGAUCUCAAUACGGGUGUUAGUUGCAGUGAUUUUAGCUAUCAGAAUGAUGAAGUUGCAACGGAAUUGCAAAUGCCAAUGACAUCACAAUUUCACUUAUCAAACCUUAUGUUCCUGACUCUCUGCGAGAAAACUCUGACGGAUAAGAAUUUUAUGCCACUUUGGAAUUUUAUUGCUAGCAAUACAAAGUUCCACAUUCAACUAUCUAGUGCCAUCCUAGCCCAAAGUGGCCUAUAUUCUUCGGCAAUCCUUCUAGCUAGGACACGAGGCUCUGUCUUGGAGGUUUAUACGAAUCUCGUGGCUGCGAUAGCUCAGGAAUUUGGCACAGAUAUCAACUAUCUCCUGUACAAUUUGUCAGAUGAGAUGUUUAUGGAAUGUAUCUCCUACUUACCAUCAAUUUCAAUUGACUACUUCAACUCCAUCAAGAAGUCCGUGCAGAGAUUCAGUGUGUACGUUCUGGAGAAAUUGGCCAUUCAACUUAAUCCCUUCAGUGAAGUUUUUCGACCAAUUGUAUCCAAUCCCUCAAUCAGGGAUAGGGAUAUGGGUGGAGGAAUGUCCAAUAUGGACAGUAUCUAUGGCGGUUUCUACAAGGCUCUCGUAGAAGCCUACAUCCUUGUCUUGAUUAAACUGCACGAAAUGAAGGGAUCAGUUGAUCAUAUAACAAACGCUCUGAGUAAUUUCUUCAUCAAUCACGAGGAUAAUCCUUUUGGGGUGCGAAAAGAUGAAGCAGUCACCCUUUCUGCGGGAUUUGCUCAUUCCGUUUGUGUUAUCGAUGGAUCUGCGUACAUUUGGGGAUCACCAGCAAUUCCCUAUGCCAUUGAUAUGACCUUCAGUACAAACGAUGUGAACUCCCUGAAAAACUCUCCGAGGAAUAUUUCUUUUUUGUCUGAUUUGCAAAUUCGCGUCUAUUCUGCACAAUGUGGUCGAACGCACACGCUUCUCUACACAAACAACGGGCUGUAUGCAAUGGGGGCUAAUCAUCUGGGACAACUUGGUGUGGGAUCUCAAAUGAGUCAAUCGUUGCAUCCGAUGCUUGUGCGGGCAUUCGAGGGAAAGGUCAUAACGAAACUGGUGGCGGGACAAUAUCACAAUGCUGCUGUUGCAGAUGGGUUGCUGUACACUUGGGGCUGGGGCGUCUAUGGACAAUUGGGCCAUGGCACAAUUGCAGAUGAACCCAUUCCUAAGAUUGUGGACUUCUUCAGAGGGAAAAAAAUUGAACAAAUAUCACUAGGACAUGCACAUUCACUUGUGCUGUGUCGCAGUGAAAAUGAGAGUGGAAAUGUGCUGUAUGUCUUUGGAUCAAAUUACUUUGGGCAAUUGGGGGUGGGCCAUGAUGUCAGUGUGUCGAAGAAGUCGUGUUCAACAGAGAGGAACACUUUUACGAAAUCUCUCGUUCCGAUGGAGCUGAGAUUGGAUGCAAACAUAAGACUGAUUCACACAAAGUAUUUCUGUAGUUUUGCUGUUACGGAUGAAAAUAGGCUGUACACAUGGGGAUCAUCUCCGCAAGCUCUACGUCUUAUCAAUCAGGCACGAAAGAGGGCCAAAGCAUCACAGCGUGCAGAAAUGAUGAAGAUGAAUGAGGAGCAAGAGAAGCAGAAUGAAGAAAAGUCCAAUGAGGAGAGUGAAAGUGGUGAAAGUAGUGCAAUGACAAAGAGUAUCCCAAUUAAGAGGCAGAAUAGUGCACCAGAUAUUUCUCGUGUGGACACCGAGAUGCCAUCUAUAUCACCCAAGAGAGCAACUUAUCCGCAGAGGAAUAAACAGUGGCAGAAGAGUCAAUUGCUGGAUUCACUGAAUAUCCAAGAUGAGAAGAGGGAGAAGAAGGUGGAGGAUGGUAGAGAAGGUGUGAAGGAGGCUGAGGUUGGCCUUGAAGAGUGGACAGAACACUUGGUGCCAUCUGAAGUGGAUACGAGUCAGGUGAAUGGAUUUAUCAAUCAGGUGUCUAGUGGAUUGUAUCAUUUUGCGCUGCGUGUGGGGGAGACGUUGUACACAUGGGGGAAGAAUCUUGAGAAACAAUUGGGUAAUGAAGGUAGUCGAGCUGAUGUGGCAAUUCCGACAGAGGUGGAGACGGUGCAGAAUUUGCUGAAUGUUGAAUGUGGUGCUGAUUAUACACUUGUACUCACCGUCAAUGGCAGAGUCAUGGCGUUUGGGAAUAACAAUCAAGGACAGUGUGCCAAAGAUACAGAGAGAGGUGCAAUUCAGCCAAAAUGGGUGCGCCUUAAGAUUUCUAAGCGUCACAUACGUCUGCCCGAUGGGAGUCUGUGUGUUGAUACACCUUUUGAAGUUUCACUGCCACGACCAAAAAUCUGCAUGGAUGAGAGUGAACCUAUGAUGCGACUGAAGAAUUUGCCGAAUUUUCAUCCGAAAUUUCUCAAACGGACUCCUGUGAUUCAUCGAUUGAUUGCCAAUAUGAAAUCAGGUGUGACAACAGUUGAUUCGAAUUUGAAUGAUUUUUGCACAACGGAAACGAGUUUAGAUGCUGCUUUUGGGCGACUUUCGAUGUGGAAUGAGGGUCAGCAGGCGGUGGAAAAUUUUGUUGGUACAACACCAACUGAAGCAUCUUCGGAAGAAUUUAUGUAUUCACCGUCGAUUAGUGAAUGUGGCUUGCAGGCACCUUUUAUUCCGGAUGCCACAAAUAGUGAUUUUAUUCACUAUUGCUUAUUCAUGUUUCAUGGAAUUUACGAUGCUGAAUGCAUUGCUGCAAGUACAUCACAUAAGCAAUUUGCCGUACGAUUGAAGAUGCUGAGCUAUAAGUAUGUUGAUGCUUUUCGACUUUGUCUGGGUGAAUGCUGUGAUGCACAGAAGGCAAUUCUGCUGUUUGAACAUUUUACCAAAGAUGAAAAUCUCAUUCCCAUCCACAUGGAGGACAUAAAGAUUUUCGUGCAGGAGAUCUUUGUGCGGUUUAUUGUGGCAAAGUGGGAUGUGAAGAUGCUGGAGGAGUACUUUUUGGCUGAUCUUGAUUUCUACAUCAUUCAAUUGGCCUAUGUUCUGUUCUUCUGCAACAACAAUACUGAACUAGAGAAGAACGUUCUCAGCAAAUACAAGUUCUUCUUUGGUAAUCUCAAAACGACCGAGUGCGAAAGGGUGGAAAAAUCGGAAUUGAUCUUUGAAAAUGUCUCUUCGGGCUUUAAUAUUGUGGUUUGCCAAAGAUUAAUUGAAUUAUACGAUAGAAUUGAGCAGAGUCACUGAAUUUGUUCAAUGUAUCAUCCUAAGUAAAGAUAAAGAAAUUUAAUUUUACUAUUUGUUGCAAUUUUUGUGAGAGUUUGGUGUACAAAGAAAUUAUUUUAACAACUACCUUUUUAGAUUUUAUUUGUAGAUUUGAAAACUUUCAGCAAAAGAAUUAAUUUUAGCAAUUUAAAACAUUAAAAAAUAAAUUGUUUUAUUUAGAGAAGUAUGAAAAUGAACAAAAAAUUCUAUUUUAGCUAAAUUAUAUUAAUAUUUUUUUAGAAUUAGUACUUACAUAAUUUGUCCAACUGAAUUUUAUGACUCUGUACGCUUUUUAAAAAAAAUAAUACUUUAAAAAAAUGAAUUAUUAAAAAUAUAAAUGACAUGAAAUUCUUGCGUUUGUUGCGCAUUGAAGUGUCUUGAAUUUCAACAUCAAAGAUGUUAAUGCUUUUGGGCAAUAUUUGCAAAAAACAACUGAAUUUUUUUAAAACAUCUUUUGCAUACUGGAAUGAAAACAUCUUUGUAAACCUUUUAUUGCAGAUCAUUGCAGAUCCUUUGGAACAAAAAAAACAUUUUUUAUUAAGCAUACACCAAUAAAAUAUACUCUUGAAAUUUAUUAUACUCAACAUUGAUAUGACGAAAAACAAGUAUAAAUGGAUUAUCACAUUGAUGAGAACAAACAAAAAAAUAAACAUCUAUUUGUGAUGAGAAAUUUUACACUAUUAAAACAACAUAAUACUGAAAACAUAAAAUUAUCACUAAACUCAAGAUAUCACAAUAUACAGUAAUUCUGAAGAUAUUAAACUUGAUAAAAAAAAAACUUUACAGAAGUCAUACUUACAAUGAAAUUGUAUCUUUUAUGAAUAUAACACAAGAAAAAAUAUUUGAAGAUGAGGCGUUUGUAACUUCCUAAAUUUUUAAUGCAAUAAAUAAAACAUAAACAAUCUGAAAGAUAAA